AUGUUUGUAAUAAGUUAUCUUAUAAAUCCAAUCGCAGAUAAUAAGCAAACCACUGAUGAGGUUCAGAUAUCAGAUACUCAACCAAUAGCCAAUGGCAAAUCUAUGAAGGAUGGCAUCUCUGAAGCAGAAAAAACUAUCGAGCCAUUAUCAAAUGUUUCAGAAGCAGAGGGACAAAUUAAGAAUCUUCCUUAUCCAAAAUCGGUCUUCUUUUUCCUCAACAAUGAGUUUUUCAGAAGUGUUUACUUCUUUGGCAUGCAAACUGUUCUCGUCCUGUACCUGAGUCGUCAACUCCUUUAUAGUGACGACGACGCCACCAUCAUCUUCCACGUCUUUGGUGUGGUCAAUAACUUCCUAUGCGUUUUGGGUGCUAUCAUCUCCGACGGCUGGCUUGGAAUAUUCAAAACUAUAUCUUAUUUCUCACUUGUCUAUGUUGCCGGGGCAGCAUUGAUUGCUCUCGGUGCUGUGCCUCCGCUAAAUUUGCCCGCCAGGACGAUUACAUUGACCGGUUUAGCGUUGAUAGGGCUGGGCUGGGGCAUGAUGAAACCGUCCAUAUCCGCCUUUGGUGGUGACCAGUUCAAGUUACCCGAACAAGUAAAACAAUUGGCGACAUUCUUCUCGCUCUACUACUUUGCAGUCAAUGCUGGUGCAUUAAUUUCGAUCACAGCAACACCAAUUCUGCGCGAAGAUGUUUAUUGUUUCGGCGAACAGGAAUGCCCUUCAUUAGCUUUUGGCGCACCGGCUAUCCUCACGGCUGUCUCGUUAUUUAUCUUCAUCCUGGGCCGCCCAUUCUAUAAAAGUAAACCACCAGCGGGUAAUGUGGUGAUGUUGGUCGGCAAAACUGUUGGUAACGCUAUUGCUACAAAAUGGAAGGAGAAGAAGACCAAUCCUCGUGAACACUGGUUAGACUAUGCGGAUAAGAAGUAUGACCGUCAAUUAAUUGGAGAUGUGAAAGUGCUGAUGCGUAUUUUGGUACUCUAUCUGCCGCUGCCUGUCUUCUGGGCGCUUUUCGACCAGCAGAGCUCACGGUGGACUAUCCAGGCAACUCGGAUGGAUGGUGACAUGGGCUCAUGGGAUAUCAAACCCGAUCAAAUGCAAAUGUUAAAUCCCCUCCUGAUUUUGGCAUUCAUUCCGCUCUAUGAACUUGCAUUCUAUCCUUUACUUGGUCUGGUCGGUAUUCGUCGUCCUUUGCAAAAGCUGACUUUGGGUGGUAUAUUCGCCGGUAUUGCUUUCGUUGUUUCCGGUAUGGUCGAACUACAAUUGGAGAAAACUUAUCCUGUCUUGCCCAGCGCUGGAAAUGCUCAGCUUCGCGUCUACAAUGGCGAAUUGUGCGACUAUUCCAUUACGACCAAUUUGACAAAUUUCAACUUUGAUGUGGCCUCACUCAAUAUGUACAAGAACAGCACAGACAUCGGCUCGGAAGGUUUCCUAUACGUAAGAUUCGAUGUUACCAGCAAAAGUGCGAGUUGUGAUUCAUUCCCCAACCAAACUUUUAUUUUCAACUCCUCAACCAGCCAUUAUUUGUUUUUGAACUCAAAAAACACUGCACAACCUCUAGUCUGGGGAGUGGACACAAUCAGUAAACCCAGUCGGGGCUAUCCGUUAGGACGUACAUUGGCAAAUGUAGAUCCAAGUCGCCAAAUUGAUUGGAAAAAUAAAAAAGGUACGAUUCAGCACACCGAGCCAGCCAACUUGCGCAACAUAACGGAGCUUAAGUCGGGCACCUAUCAAAUAUUAGUUGAUAAUGUGGAGAUUGCCAGCAUAUAUCUCAAAGUUGGUGGCAUUUACACGAUUUUAAUAAACGAAGAUUCAUCAGGCCAAUACCGCAAUAAUGUCAUAGUUGUAACGGAGCCCAAUUCGAUGUCCAUUUUCUGGUUGAUUCCGCAAUACGUUAUUAUGACACUCGGUGAGGUGUUGUUCUCCGUAACUGGUCUGGAGUUUUCAUACGCACAGGCGCCACUGACAAUGAAAUCAGUACUGCAAGCUUGUUGGCUACUUACAAUGGCAUUCGGAAAUUUACUCGUCAUAAUUAUAGCGAAACUAUCGCUCUUCGAUUCACAAGCGUACGAGUUCUUCCUUUUUGCCGGCCUUAUGUUUGUUGACAUGAUUGUUUUCAUGUUUGUGGCUUAUCGGUACAAACCGAAUACCUUAGCGUCGAAUAGCGAAACAGAGACGUUGACGCCACCAGAAAAAGGUGAAAAAGAUCGAAUUUAUAUGGCCACAUUAUGCGAUUGA